UAAAUGGCGGGAGCUCGUCCUCCAUCAAGACUUCCCCCAAAUCAUCUAUCUAUCCCUUUUAAGGGUUUCACAUUCACUUCAAAACACCACACUAAAACCCUAAAUUCACCCCCAAAUCCAACACUUUCCCCCUAACCUAUUGCAUUGUUCAUCUCAAUCUCAUCAUCUUCUCACUCGAUUCCUACUCUUAUUGUGUGUUCUCGAUCGUUCGUACCUUCAAAUUAGGGUUCGUACCGUCAAAUUAGGGUUUUUUUUACGGUGGCCGGUGGUUGCAAGCUUUGAUUUCGAUGGAGGCCGCCGCUAGCGUCGCCCUAGCGGCGCGUGGUGUUUCGAUUACCAUGCCGGUUUCUCAAUCUCAGUCUUCUCGGAAAGAAUGGCGUGUUGUUUCCGAUCAUCAUGUUCAAAACUCCGGUAACGAGGAUUUGGACCGGUCAAAGUUAGGUCAGGGUGAUGAGAGAUUGAUAUAUGAGGGUGGAGAGACUGUGAAUGUGGACUACUUUUCGGUUGAUGGGGUUUCGGAGCAUGAAUUGCAUCUUGAUGAGGUUGUGAAACAAAGGGAGGAGCUUCAGCAUUUGGAGGUUAAUUUGAAGGCUAGAUUGAUUGCUAGAUCAGAAGUGAUUGGGAUUCAGGAACGGUUUGAUUCGCAGAUUAAAGAGCAUAUUACUUCAAAUGUUAAACUUCAGGAACAACUGCAUGAAAGGGAAAAGACUAUAAUGGACUUGCAAAGAACUUUGGAUGAUAAGGAUAAAGAGCUUCAUGCAAUUAGAUUGGACCAUGAAGCGGCAUGGGCUAAAGAGGACCUCUUACGUGAGCAAAACAAAGAACUCGCAACUUUUCGGAGAGAACGUGAUAAUUCUGAAGCUGAAAGGGCUCAGCAUAUUCAAAAAAUCCAUGAAUUACAAGAACAUGUUCAAGAAAAGGAAAGGCAGCUCAUGGAAUUGCAGGAACAGCAUAGAGUUGCUCAAGAAACUAUCAUAUAUAAAGACGAGCAGAUAAGGGAAGCACAAGCGUGGAUUGCACGGGUCCAGGAGAUGGAUGCUUUGCAGUCAACAACAAAUCACUCAUUGCAAGCUGAACUCAGAGAACGCACAGAACAAUACAACCAGCUUUGGCUUGGUUGCCAGAGACAGUUUUCUGAGAUGGAGAGGCUUCAUCUACAAACAUUACAACAGCUUGAGAAAGAGUUAUCUGAGGCAAGAGAAAAGAGUGGAAAUAAUUCGUCACAUGCUAAUAAAACCACCGUGAAGGAAAUGACUCAGUUUGUUGAUGCAAGUGGAAACCAGUUGAACCCUAAUGGUGAUUCAAGGGGUCUCCAAAAUGGUGAUGCAGAAGUUGUCUCUUCUCAGACAGACAAUAUCGCUACUGUUCAAAUGACUCCUCAGUCGUUACAUGGAAUGCCGACAUACUUUCCAUCUGGACAACUGACGGCUCUGCCUCCAUUUAUUUUGCAUCACCCACAAAAUGUGAAUUCACAUCUUCUUCAGUCGCAUGUUGGCCAGUUUCAUUCUUUACCUGCAAGUUCAUCCAUCCCACAUUGGCAGACUCAACAGACUUUCUCAGAAGGUUUACAGAUGCCAAACAAUGAACAGUAUCCUUCCCAAAAUGAUCAAAAUCCAAUGAGACCUGAAACUAAUUACGACUAUGAAGCAUCUGUAAAUGGACAAACUAUGCGUUCUGAAUUUAUGGAUGGAGUUUCUUCCAAAAACGAGGAGGAACAACAGAGUCUGCAACAUAUCUCUUCUCAGUUUCAUGCUUCUCUAAGGCUGAAUCCAUCUGACAAUGACAUUACACAUCAGGAAAAAAGUUUAACUUUUAUGUCUAAUCAUGGCGGUGAAGCUCAAAUUUCAAGCACGGGACAACUCGCUUCUGUUGUCAUUGCAUCACAAGCUAUUCAGUCAGUUAAGGUUAGCGAGGCUGCACCGAACAAGGUGGACAGCGUUACACAGAAUAGUUUCUCAGUAGGAAAGACUGCAGAGAAGGCUCUAUUCGAUGAAGAAACUUUGUUGGCGUGUGUUGUUCGCACAAUACCGCCUGGUACUGGUGGAAGAAUACAAAUCAGCACAACGCUUUUGAGUAGGCUCACAAAAAUGCUAGCGCCACUUCGUUGGGCCAAUUACGAGAAUAAACAUGGAAAACUUGAUGUUUUUUUGGGUAGUCAUCCUGAAUUGUUUGUGAUAGAAGGGGAUUAUAUUCAGGUGCGCGAGGGUGCACAAGAAAUCAUAGCUGGAAUGGUGGCUCGUGCGAAAAUACGUGCCGCCACUGUUGCCGCUUCUGCAGCUAAUUCUCACCCAUCAGCAUUGUCUUCUGUUGCUGUCACACCUAUGGCUCAAACCCGAAUGAAGCGGGCCCCGUCUGUUAAUUCGAAUUUUAACGAGUCUCAGAGUCCGAAUGGUGGUUCAUUCAAUCCUGUAGGUGUGAGAGUUACGGCAAAUGGUAAUGGAACGAAUUUAAAUAGACACAGUUUCGGGAAUCAAGGCAAGGUUAUUAACGAUGGGCGGUCUGGUUCGAAUUACCAUGGGAAACAGCAGGGCAGGUCUACUGGAUCUUUACCCGGUUCCAGAAAAUAGAGAUUCUGGAAGGAUGUGGAAGCAAAAGGCAUCUUGCUAAAGUUGCCAAUGGACGGAUGCGGAGUUUAGGCAACUUUGAAGUGGUAAUCAAGAUGGUUUCUUGCUGUUUGUACAAUUCCGAUUGGAAUUGAAACUGUUAAAACGGAAGUGAAACCUGAAUUGGAAACGGAACUGGAAUUGGGCUUAUAAUUUAGACCUUUUUCUGUUGUGAAUGUGUGGUGUCUUUCAACA